AUGAGGUUUUUCGUGAUCGUUUCGUUGUUUGUUGUGGCAGGGUUGGCGAUCACUUGCUAUGAGGCGAUCAAUAACAAUGGAUAUCGGCCACCGAAUGAUCGAACAACUUGCUCGAACUCAACGGCGGACUUUUGUUUCAAGGAAACAUGGAAAAACGCUACCGUAUACCAGACGACGUGGGGAUGUCAAGCGGGUUGUCAAGCCCAAUCCUGGGAUAAAGGCGGUGUCGAGUUCCAUCAUUACUGCUGCAAAAAGGACAAGUGUAACUCGGCGAAUUCCCCUUUUUCGGUGUUCUUCCUAGUAGUCGUUGCUCUAUUCGCCAUGGUUCAGAAAUUC